GGCCACCCCUUCAUCAAGACGGUGGGCAUGGUCGCCGGCGAUGAAGAGAGCUACGAGGUGGAGAAGGUGACGGUGGACGCGCUGAGCGGCCUCACCGGGGACCUGUCGGGACGGUACUACCGCCUGAGCGAGAUGACGGAGAAGGAGCAGCAGCAGCUCAUUGACGUGAGCACAGGGGCUCUGCUGGCUGCUGGUGCAGCCCAACACCGCCCUGUCUCCAGGCACAACAACGAGAAGACGUUCCUGAUCUGGAUCAACGAGGAGGACCACACGCGCGUCAUCUCCAUGGAGAAGGGGGGCAACAUGAAGCGCGUCUUCGAGCGGUUCUGCCGGGGUCUGAAGGAGCCCAGCCGCUCCCCGAAGACCCUGGAGAACCGCCGGCUACAGAAGCGUGGGACAGGCGGAGUGGACACCGCGUCUACCGGCAGCGUCUUCGACAUCUCCAACCUGGACCGGCUGGGGAAGUCCGAG